GAGAGAGGCUGAUUCUCUGGCAUUGGACCCCACCACCCACACUCGUCAGUCAUUCCCCCUCCCGGUCUCGUUAAAACCUCCAUUUUCCCACCGAUUUUUCUUCACUUUCCGGCGGAAUAUAAAAUGAAACACGCAAAAACAUGCUUCUCUCUUCUUCUACUUCUCCACUUUCUCGUCUGCCAAACACUCCUCAGAUGACCUUAACACACACUGACAACACAGGCAUUCACGCAAUUUCCUAGAUUUAACUAAUACGACUAUACUAUUAUAUUCAGUGAAGCCGCAGGAAAGGGGGAGCCGACCAUGGGUGCGUCGCUAUCUAACCUAACGGAGGGAGCCACCAUGGGUCCGGGUCUCGGAGAUAUACCGGAAAGUUGUGUGGCUUGCGUGUUUACCUACUUGACGCCACCAGAGAUUUGUAAUCUUGCUCGACUGAACCGUGCUUUUAGAGGCGCCGCAUCAUCUGAUUCCGUUUGGGAGAAGAAGUUGCCGCCUAAUUAUCAAGAUCUGCUCGAUUUGUUCCCUGCCGAACGGUACCAGAGCUUGUCCAAGAAGGAUAUCUUCGCCCAACUCUCGCGUUCCGUUCCAUUUGACGAUGGCAAUAAGGAGGUAUGGUUGGAUAGAACGACGGGAAGGGUUUGUAUGUCGAUAUCGGCCAAAGGAAUGGCGAUAACGGGGAUUGAGGACCGGAGAUAUUGGAAUUGGGUUCCCACUGAAGAAUCUAGAUUCCAUGUUGUGGCCUAUUUGCAGCAAAUAUGGUGGUUUGAAGUUGAUGGGGUUUUAAAGUUUCCUUUUCCAGCUGAUAUUUAUACUCUGUCCUUCAGGCUUCACCUUGGAAGAUUUGCCAAAAGGUUGGGACGACGUGUGUGCAAUUUUGAGCACACUCAUGGUUGGGAUAUAAAGCCAGUACGGUUUGAGUUGUCUACUUCUGAUGGUCAGCAAGCAUCAUCUGAAAGUUGUAUAGAUGAGACUGAACAAGAAGAAGCAUAUGGCAAUCAUAAACGUGGAUUGUGGAUAGAGUACAAGGUAGGUGAAUUUGUUGUCACUGACUCAGAACCUGCCACUGAGGUGCGAUUUUCCAUGAAACAGAUUGAUUGCACACAUUCCAAAGGUGGGCUUUGUGUAGAUUCAGUUUUUAUCAUCCCCAGUGAUCUCAAGGAGGGUAAAAGAAGAGGGUUUUUGAAGUAGCCAGAAUACAAAGGCCAUGUUUUAGCGUUGCCAAUGAUCCCAGAAGCUUCUAGUUGGGUUUUAUUAUACAGCUUAUACUUCUGUAGGUAUCGCAUGUUUUAGAAGAUGUCAUCAUAUUUUGUUUUUGUAGUAGGUAUACGUCCUCUAUGGUAAUGUAAUCUUGCUGCUGUAUUUGAUCCAUUUUUUUCCCUUUUCAUUUUAUACCUUUGCAGAGGGUUAACAGAAAAUGCUUUGAUUUGUGUCUUUGCUCUUGCUGGUGCUUUCUGUUAAGCAUUUCAUUAGUUAGUUUGAUUCAAAUGAGGUACAAUUCUUCCUUGAGUUAAAUCAAAAAUACCAUUAUCA